UGCAUUAAAAAUAACUUUAAUUAUCUUUUAGCUAAACAUAACUGAAAUAUCAAAUCUGCAUCAAGAACAUAAAUUAAAAUCAAGUUUAAUCGUUGAAACAAUAGAUACUUUUAACUGUGAAACUGAAAUACACAGUUACACAGACUCGGAUACUCUAGUUAAAACAGAAACUGUAGGAUUUACUUUUGAAGAAGAUUUAGAUGACAAUUCACAAAUAGAUGAAAUAGUGAUAAAAAAUGAAAGUAAAAUUAAUGAAGAUGAAACGAAAGCUGAAAUAGAAAUAAUACCUAACAAUAGUCAAGACAGCUUUCACAGUGAAGCUCCUAAAGUAAAUUGGGAUAACAUUAUACUAGUAAAGGCUCCUACAGUUGUUGAUAAUCAAUUCAAUAUAACUGUUUUUGAUAAUAAUUCUAAAAUGGCGGAUAUAAGUGAAACAAAUGAUGAUUCUUUUGAUAUGAAUAUGGACGAUGAUAAUGAGAAAAUUGUGGCUAAAAAAACUGUGAAACGGAGAACGAGGAAAAUAGAAACUGCAAAGAAUCGAUGGAGUGUACCACAAAAAAAACCAUACGUGAAACCGACUACACCAAUAGACGAAACUGUGUUUACUGUGAAAUCUCUAUCUCAAGAGCGGCUAAUAGAAGAAGUUAUGGCGCGCAAGAAUAGUGCGAGAUAUUUGAAAGCUCCCUAUAAAUGUACAGUUUGUUAUAAGGGAUUCCCUAGUGAGGAUAAACUGGACAGACACAGUAUGAAGCAUAGCGAGAAAGCGGGUCCAUUAAAAUGCGUGAUAUGUAAGGUCCGUAUGAAGCUAGGUAGACAGAUGCGGGCACAUAUGAAGAAACAACAUACUUCCGAGUUUAUAUGUAAACUCUGUCCACUGGUCACGAGAAAUAGGCACGUAGCACUCGGGCAUAUGAAGUUCCACGCUGGCAGUAAGUACAUGUGUCCUCAGUGUGGGGUGCAAUUUGAAAAACAAACGACACUGUUGAAUCACUUGCGCCUGAAGCACAUGUCUGACUGUGUCUGUGAGCUGUGCGGGUAUACCUUCGUCGGGGACAACGGAGUGCGCGCCCACAAGCGGCUGAGACAUAAAUUCGAUGAUAAAAAUCAGCCGCUGAAAGGUCCGCACUGUGAAGUCUGUAACAUCAAGUUCUUGAACAGAAAGGCUUACAGCAAACAUCUGCGACUCUCCUCUAAACAUUUAAAGAGCGAAGAUGACCCCAACCGCCUCAGCAAUGAUCCCUCAAUAAAGACGCGUCGACUCGACAGAACGACUGUCCCUGUACGUCGCACCAGAAUACACAGGCGUGAAGAUAUCGACGUGCCACUCAUUAAUGGAAUUGUCACUUGUGAACAGUGCGGCGUAGAAUCCGUCGGAGUCCGAGCAUAUUCACGUCACUUUCGCCACGCACACCCGGGGCUACUUCCCGCGCAGUGCAACACACAGGUCACUCCCUACAUGUGCGAGCAUUGCGGGAAAAUGUUUAUGAAUACAACAACUUUAGAAGGACAUAUGUGGGUACACACAGGACAGAAAAGGUUUCAGUGCGAUCACUGUAGCAAAACUUUCAGUAUGAAGUCGAAUUUAGCCGGACAUAUGAAGCAGCACGAGCCGGUGCGCGCGUCGUUUGCGUGCCAGCUCUGUGGGAAACUUUUCGCCUUCAAUCAUAAUCUAACGAGGCAUUUACGUGUACAUACAGGAGAGAGGCCGUUCAAGUGUGAUGCUUGUGAGAAAACUUUUAGGACCAGUGGGGAACUGAAGGCCCAUGUAGACCAUGUACAUUUGAAGAUACCAAGACCAAAACGUAAUAGACGGAAAGCUAGGAAAUGUGAUUUACCUACUUUAGAGUACUAA